AAACUUGCAGGUGCAAAUUCGUCACAAUUCUUCAACUUAGACCUUGUGUUGGAGAUAUGGCAGGAAAUUCUGAACCAUCAAAAGUAUCAGAAGGAAAAAAAGAAACGAAUCCCGCAAUUAUUCUGCAAUGUGGAGCAUACUAUGUUGUAGUAUUUCAAGAACGAGAAGAGAAACUGCUGCACACAUUGAAAAAUGCUGCAAAGACUGGAUAUGAAAAAAUGAUUAGUGGAGGAACCGCAGUGGAUGCCGUUGAAGAGGCUGUUCGUAUUUUGGAGGAUGAUCAGUAUUUUAAUGCUGGUCGUGGAUCAUUAGUUAACGUUGAAGGAGACGUAGAAUGUGAUGCAAUGAUUAUGGAUGGAAACACCAUGAACAUAGGUGCAGUCAUGGCUGCCAAACAUUUCUUCAAUCCCGUUAAAAUAUGCAGAAAAAUUAUGGAAGAGUCACAUCAUUGUGCUUUCAUUGGAGAAGGGGCACUGAGAUUCGCGCAGGAUAAAGGCUUUAAGGAUCUGAUUUGUGAUCCUGCAGAAAUUAUUGUUAAUGAAAUCAAGGAAAAAAUGAUGACAAUGGACAUUUCAGGUUUUGCCAGUCGAUAUUUUCCGCCCGGAACUUCGUCUCCAGAACAAAGUUUGCCAUUUGACACCGUUUCAGCGGUUGCUAUGGAUAGUGAUGGUCAUUUUGCUUGCGCCACAUCGACAGGUGGAGUACUCAGGAAAAGUAAAGGUCGUAUCGGGGAUGCUCCGCUGGCAGGCUGCGGAGCUUAUGCAAAUGAAUUUGGUGCUGCAGCAUCAAGUGGAAAUGGAGAAUCAAUAAUGAAGAUGAACUUAGCACGAGAAGUUGUUUUUAACAUGGAACAAGGCCAAAAUGCCUCGUUAUCUGCAAAGAAUGCUGUAGAAAGAAUGAAAAAUCGCCUGUCAUCCUGGUGUUCUAUGAUUGCAAUUGACAAAGAUGGGAACUUCGGAGUGGAAACAAAUGCUGCUGGAAUGUUAUGGGCAACCUGCAAAGGUUCUGAUUUGGAAUUUGGCUCUAAGAGAAAGGAAUUUGUUAAAUUCAAAAAACUUUAAUUUAAAUUUCAAU